AUGUCUUUUGCGCCCGUUGAUCCACCAAAACUGAAGGGUGAUAGCAAGAAGCGGGUGGCAUAUUUCUACGAUUCGGAUGUUGGAAACUAUGCCUACGUAUCGGGCCACCCGAUGAAGCCUCACCGAAUACGACUUGCCCACUCCCUAGUUAUGAACUAUGGUCUCUACAAACACAUGGAAAUCUACCGUGCGAAGCCUGCCACAAAGUAUGAAAUGACGCAGUUCCACACGGACGAGUAUAUCGACUUUCUGGCCAAGGUCACCCCCGAUAAUAUGGACUCAUACGCAAAAGAGCAACAAAAAUACAAUGUCGGAGACGAUUGUCCUGUGUUUGACGGGCUUUUCGAGUUCUGUGGUAUCAGUGCUGGUGGUUCCAUGGAAGGCGCAGCGAGACUCAAUAGGCAAAAAGCCGACAUCGCCAUCAACUGGGCAGGUGGUCUGCAUCAUGCCAAAAAGAGCGAAGCAAGUGGAUUUUGCUACGUCAACGAUAUCGUCCUGGGCAUCAUCGAGCUAUUACGAUUCCACAAGAGGGUCCUUUACAUUGACAUCGACGUCCAUCAUGGAGAUGGUGUUGAAGAAGCAUUCUACACCACCGACAGAGUUAUGACCGCCUCUUUUCACAAAUAUGGAGAGUACUUUCCUGGCACCGGUGAGCUUAGGGACAUUGGCGUAGGUUUGGGCAAGCACUAUGCCGUCAACUUCCCUCUCCGUGAUGGUAUCGACGAUUCUUCUUACAAGAGUAUCUUCGAGCCUGUGAUCCGAGCCAUCAUGGAAUUCUAUCAGCCAGAAGCAGUCGUAUUGCAAUGUGGUGGCGACUCUCUCUCAGGCGAUCGACUUGGGUGUUUCAACCUCAGCAUGAAGGGCCACGCAAAUUGCGUAAACUUUGUCAAGUCGUUCAAUCUGCCUACCCUGAUUGUUGGUGGAGGUGGUUAUACAAUGCGCAAUGUCGCCAGAACCUGGGCCUUCGAGACUGGGUGCAUUGUCGGAGAACCCAUGCACCCGAACCUGCCCUACAACGAUUAUUACGAGUACUACGCGCCUGACUACGAACUAGACGUCCGACCGUCCAACAUGGACAAUGCCAACUCCAGGGAGUAUCUUGAAAAGAUUUUAGUCCAAGUCCUCGACAACCUGAAGAGAACAGCACAUGCGCCGUCUGUACAAAUGACUGACGUACCUCGAGAAUCUCUUGGGAUGAAUGAUGAUGAUGAAGCUGCUCUCGACGAUUUAGACGAAGAUCAGACUGGCGAUAUUCGCAUGUCUCAGCGGAGAGCAGACAAAUAUGUCGAGAAGAAUGGGGAACUUUCCGAUAGCGAUGAAGAAGUCGUGGAAGACUCGAAUGGAAGACACACCAACAGGAAGCGACGCAUCAUGCAGAAUUAUCGCCAUAUCAUGGAUGUUGGCAAUGAUUCUGGACUCGACACUGGAAGUGGGGUCGAUACACCACAACAAGAUUCGAGCCUGCCUGGGGACGAGAUGAACGUGGACGAGAAUUUGAAUGACGAGAUCCGUGAAAUUCUAGGUGAGGGACCUGUACCUGCAAAUGGUUCUGUGGUUGCUUCAAAGUCGCCUUCACCUCCCGCAGUUGAUACCGCCGAUGGUGAUAUUGAAAUGGGAGAGGCAGAUGCAGAGCCUGCCACUACCAACAGUACGCAACCAGCAGAUGAAGAAUCCACCAUUACCGUCCAGCCCCAGACUGCGCACCAGAGCACACCGCCAGAGUCACCUCCUGUCCAACAGCCCGACCAUAAUGCGGUCAAUGGCGAUAAGGCUGCUUCAGCGACAACGAAGAGAGAAGGCUCUGCCGAAGAGACAUCUGCUGCAGAACCGCUAGCGGCGUCCAGCGACCAGCCAGACGCCACGGGGGGCCCAAUCGAAGAAACAGCCGUGAAACAAGAAGUGGUUGGAGAUGAUGAUGUUGCCAAAGCACAAGAUGAAGGCAGGCUAGAGAGAGAAGCUGCAAAUGCAGAGGGAGAGGCUCGAACUGAAGCAGCUGCUCGAGCAGAAAUGGAUGCCGAGCCUGAGGCCGAGCUGUAG